UCUGGGACGGUGAUCUGGUUUUUCACUGCAAGCCCACUUGAAACCACUUCCUUGUUAUCAGGAACUCAUGAGGGUUCCAUGCUCAGAGCAGCUGCAAGGAUAGAAAAACAAGUUGUUUACUUUGGCAGGGCAGCACAAUGGAGCCAAUCCUGUUAGCACUGAUGUAACCCCGAAGUUGUAAGCAAUGGAGAGCUGUCCUCAUUUCACACCUGGUGGACCAACCCUACAGUUGCCAAGGCCCAGACCCAAGGAUAUGAUUUGGCCCACCCCAUCAUCCACCCCAUCUAUGAUCUUCACAUGAAGGAACCUGACCUGUGGAGCCAAAGCUGCAGGAUCUCAACACAGGGCAACAACAGGAUAUCCAGAAGGAGCCUUAGCAAGGGCCCAGAAUUGAUAGGGUAUUAGAGUCCAGAAGCCACGAACCAGACUGAUGACUCUGAAAUGAACACUUGCAGGGAAAAAUACUAGAGAACCUGAGAAUCUGUGCCUUGCCCAGGUUUUUACAAUGCGCCCAAAGUUUAUUGCCACUGAAGAAGGAUCCGAACGUAUUGGUGAUUGACAUGCAUUUUGGAGCAGUCCCUGUGAGGCUCCUCAAGCCCAAGGAAUUGUCUCCCAAACUCCGGCGAGGCAUCAUCUUCUAUCAUGGAGGAGCUGGAUUAUUUGGAAGCCUGGACUGUUACCAUGGCCUUUGCAGUUUCCUGGCCAGUGAGACAGACUCUGCGGUGCUGAUGGUGGGGUACCGCAAGCUUCCUAGCCACCAUCAUCCUGUCCUUUUUAAUGAUUGCCUGAGUGCCACCAUCUACUUCCUGAAGAACCUGGAAUCCUUUGGGGUGGACCCAUCCCGGGUAGUUCUCUGUGGAGAGAGUAUUGGAGGUUCAGCUGUGGUCACUGUCAUACAGGUCUUAACCAGCAUUCCCAGUCUACCCCAGAUCCGGGCUCAAGUCCUGAUUUAUCCACUAGUAAAUUUUGUCAAUUUUCAGUUACCAUCACAUCAACAGAGCAAAAAUGUGCCAUUCCUUACCAGAGACAUGCUGUUUAUGUGUCUGUGUAAAUACCUGGCCAUAGAUCUCUCUCGGAAAGAUGCCAUUUUGGCAGGUGCUAUUAUACCUCUGGAUAAGUGGAAGAAAUACAAGAAAUGGCUUAGCCAUGACAACAUCCCCAGAAGGUUCUGGAGCCAAGACAUACAACUGGAGUCUUUUGGACCUUUUGAUGAGGCUGCCUACCUAGAAACCCAACAUGUUUGGAGUUUAGAAAUUUCACCUGUCCUAGCAGAUGACAAGAUCAUUUCUCAGUUUCCUCAGACGUUGCUGGUGAGCUGUGAGAAUGACAUCCUCCGGGAUGAUGCCUUGCUCUAUAAGAAGCGCUUGGAAGACCAGGGGGUCCUCGUGAACUGGUACCAUGUGGAAGAUGGCUUUCACGGAUGCACGAUUUUAUUUGAUAAGAAGUGUCUUUCUUUCCCUUGCUCUAAGAAAGUUGUAAAUGCCAUUAUUGGUUACAUAAAGGGUAUCUGA